CUUCCACCGCUCAUCGUGCGCUCCCUAUACUAUGCCCACAUUGACCAUCACCUCAUUGCAGGCGCUGCGCUCGACCCGGUUGCGCGGCCCAGUGACCUCGCGGAGCUCAAUGCAGUCCUCCACACGUUCCUGUGCAGGACCCUCGGACUGUCCAACGUAUCCCUGCUGGUGCCCCUGUUCGUGUCGACCGGAAUCUUAAUCGCGGCGCGUUUCCUCCGGUCAGUGGCGCUGGGCCCCGCAGUACUGCCCAAGUUGGCGUUGGACACCGCACGCGAGCUCGCGAUUGCUGGCUCCCCCACCUGGUGGUCUGAUUUCCUGUGGUCGUUGCAUAGGCUGCCCACGGCG